CCCCUUCCUUUUACUCACAACCCUGGCAACUAAUCUAAACGCGCAUAUAUAAUCAAUAUAUAUUCCUUAAUAUUGUGUAUCAUUUCAUAUAUAAGCUCAUCGUCCAGAGAGAGAGAGAGCUCAUAAGCCAGCCAUGUCAGUCCCAAUCAGAGCAGGAGAUGAUGAAGCCAAAAACCCCAUGUUAUCCAUCUCCUCCUCCUCCUCCAGUUUGGAGCAACUACAGCAAGUACAGCAGCCAUCUGGUUCUUCUUCCUUGGGGCCUCCUCAUCCUUCUCUUCUUCUUCAUAGUAACACCAAGAACAGUAACAAACUAGACGUUCCUUGGUUUUGGUCAUUGGAUGAUGAUGAUGAUGGUGGUGAUGAUGUUCCAGAAGAGAGCGAUGAAGAUAUGUUCACGGUUCCGGACGUGGAGGCGUUGCCCCCUCCUAAUAAUAAUAUUAAUAAUGCGGCCUCUACAAUCGCAAAUGCCACCAGUAACAACAACAACCCAGAUGCCCAGUCUGGCUUUCCGGCCAAGCGCCGCCGAGGCCGAAAUCCGGUCGAUAAGGAGUACAGGCGACUGAAGAGAUUGCUAAGGAACAGGGUGUCUGCUCAACAAGCCCGGGAGAGGAAAAAGGUUUACGUCAACGAUCUGGAAUCAAGAGCCAAAGAAUUGGAUGAUAGGAAUUCAAAGUUGGAAGAAAAGAUCUCUACGCUUGUCAAUGAAAACACCAUGCUUCGAAAGGUUCUUAUGAACACAAGGCCAAAAGUGGACGAAAGUAUUGAGCAAAAGCAAGGAUCAGUUAAGUAAGAGCAGAUAGGCAGUUUUAGGUGAAUAUAUUAGAAAUUUUAUCAUAUGGAACUUGUGCAGCACUUUAGUUUGAUAUGAACACUCAACUAGCUAGUAUGUAAGUUGUAAUGAACUUCUAUCUUCUCCCUUUUGUUCAUGUAUUUCUCAUGACAAAUAUUUUGUUUGGAUGAAUUUUGUUUCGAGAAAUUGCUACUCA